AUGCCGUCAAGACCCGAGCACGAUGACGCUAAUCAGGAUGAUUCUUUUCAACUUCUGGCCAUGGACGAAAUAGGGGAAGAGCCUUUAUAUCUCCCUCCGCCACGAAGUGUCUUAUAUAUGCUUGUUCUGUGUAGUGGAUUCGGGACACUACAGCUUGUAUUCGCCCUUUUAGCUUCUUAUGGAUCUGCACAACUGUUGUCCGUCGGCGUCAGCCAGGCGGCAACGGGAUUGACCUGGCUUGCCGGACCCCUUGCCGGGACCUUCGUUCAGCCUUUGGUCGGUAUAAUGAGUGAUAAAUUUGGCCAUCACAAAUUAAUCGUUGCCAUUGGUCUCAUUGGUCUCGCUAUAUCGCUUAUAGGGCUUGGCUGGGCACCAGAUCUGAUGGAGACAAGCGGUAUACUAAGUAGGACUUUGUUGGUCCUCUUCAUUUGCACUCUUAAUAUUGCUGUUCAGCCGGUUCAGCUCGGUCUGCGUGUUUUGAUCAUCGAGAAUUGUCGCCCACAACAGCAGAACACCGCAUCGGCCUGGGCUGCGCGCAUGACUGGGAUAGGGAAUAUCCUCGCACAGCUCGUGGGUUCUGUUGAUACAACAAAAUUACAGCCCUUUAUGACGGCUAAUCAUUUCAAAAAUUUGUGUCUACUGACAUCCAUUUGCCUUGCUCUCACUACCAUUAUUCUGGGGGUUUUUGUGACAAAUAAGGGGGCAUUUAAAGAAGCGCCGGAGAAGCAGAAUCAGGAGAGCAUGCUCAAGGGGGUCUGGGAGGUCAUGCAUACUCUUUCCCCGGAGGUCCUUAAUAUCUGGAAAGUCCAGGUGUUUUCUUGGAUGGGCUGGUUCCCAUUCCUCUACUAUGUUACUUCUUAUGUCGAUUAUCUUGAAUGGCAGCAUUUCAUGAUCUUCUACGACAUCAAGCAGUGA